AUGCAGGUCACUAAACUUAUCCAUCAAGAUAAAGAAACUCUAUGAGAUUACAAAUGGCAUAAGGCACCACUAGGAGUAAUUCACCCAGAGCACACUCCUGUAAUCAAAGAAGACCCAACUGGCGACUUUUCUGAUUUAGCUAUAACAGCAGUCCCAUUAAGGCCGCACGAAAGAAGUCCUCGCCAUAUCGAGCUUCCAGAGCACCUACAAAAGCUUGACCCUACCAGUCUCAAAAUGUACCCAAAACAGCCUCGUCCUGAGUCAGCAAAAUCUUCAAAUAUCAAUAGAAAUCCUAGAGAUCUGGAUUAAAAUUAAAUUAAGAAUCUUAAAGUCUCCUAGGAUUGAUGCCUCUGUACGUUUUCUCCCAACGCCAACUCUAAAGUGACUUUUGUGGCCAGUAUUUCAUCAUUAUCAAGGACACAUUAAGUCGACACUACCAUAUUAAUUAUCCUAGAGAUAUAGGAAACGAGAUGCUAACAGGAAUUCCAAAGGCCCAAGAGCAGCGCAAAGCCUUUGCACGGUUAUCACUAAUAGCUGGAAAAGAUUUAAAGAAUAGCGUUUCUGACAUGAAAACAAAAAUUCAAAAAAAUAAAAUUGAUGACAAUACAAGAAGAAAUCAAAAAGAAAAAAUUCGAUUUGAAGCCAAAAAAGCAAUAGAAAUGGUCGAUGACGCAUUUAUUAGCUCAAAAAUGACUGAUACUGAGUUCAAAAAAGUAAAAGCAGAGCUUGAACAUAUUAGGACUGCAUAUGAUGGACAAGUUUGGAAACAAAAAAUAAUCGCAAAUUUCUUAUCGUUAAGAAUGGGCACUGACUUUGAUUUAAAAGAAUUAUCAAGAAUGUUCGCAGAGCUUCAGGUUCAGCGUGAAAGAGAAGUCAUCACAAUUCAGCAGUUUAUUCUAAGAAUAAAAGAAGUUUCAAUACAAAAAACAGGCGCCUUUGCCCCUCAUGUAAAAAUGGAAGAUUUAAGCCAAAUUAUAGGGGGUUAUUCAUAUGAAGCCCAAAAAGUUGAAAGGGACAUCCUCAUAAAUUAUCUUGAAAAAGUAAAAAUCGAGCUUAAAAAGUCCCUUAUGGAAAAUGAAAUAGUAGAAAGCAUCCCAAUCGCGACUUUAGAAGCAGCUUUAGCUUCAAUUUUCGCUAAAUGGGAACGAGAAAAAGAGUUGAUUUGAACUUUCACUCAAGAUAUAACCAGAGCAUUUUGCGAAGAAUUUAACCUUACUCCCCCCCUCCGUGAGUGAACAAAACCAUUAGAAAAUCGCUAUUUUGUGCCCAAAAACCCACCUCCGUGAGUGAACAAAAAUUUUUUUAAUAGAAAAAUUUUUUAUGGAAAAAAAAUUUGAUAUAUAAAUGAUAAUUAUUAUAAUGAAAUAUAGAGCUAAAUCUGUUUAAUUUUAAACAAAUUGAUUUUUAAAACAUAAAUUUUGCAAAUUGAAUUAAUAUUUGCUUUCCAAUUUUUGCGAAUUAGGAUUCUUUUAAAUUUCGAAAAAAAAAUAUUGUUUAUAAAAUUUAUAUAUAAAUGUUUUUAUAAAAAAAAAAUUAACCCCCCUCCGUGAGUGAAGUUAGCAAUGAUGAUAUUUAUUCUGAUAAAAUGAAUAAGAAAAAACAGUUAGAAAUUAGAGUAGUCGCUGAGUUCAUUAGCCAAUAUUUAGAUAAUCUGCAUCUUAGCAUUGAAAAAAAAAUCAGGGAGCUGGAACAAAUAAAAUAUAAAAUCCAAUAUGGAAAAGAAAUGCCAAAAUCCUGAAGUGAAGUCAUAAGGGAAGGAAAAGAAAGAAAAAUUAUUGAGGACAAAGAAGCUUGAAUGAAAAAAGAAGAGGAAGAAAAAAGGAAAAAAAUCGAAGAAAGCAAAAAUACGAGGUCUAGGACUAGGCCUGCAAGUGCGAAAAAUAAAUAUGACCCAAAGAAAAGUAUUGAAGAAGCCAAGAAAAAAGCAAGGUCAAAUGUAGGGAAAAACGCGUCGAAGUUUACAAGUCAACAAGAAGAAGAAAAAAGGAGAUUCGAAGACAGUAAAUUGUCAUCAAGAAAUUCUAAAUUUAGCCAGAGCAUUUUGAGUAAGAAAAAUCCAUUAGAUUCUUCAGAUUCUUUCAAUAAAUCAGCAACUGAUGAAAUGGAUGAUAUCAUUUCUGGUUUAAAUCCUCCUAAGCCUACCACAAAUACUUUAUUUAGAAGUAUGACACAAGCUGAAAGCUCAUCAAGGCCUGAAACUAAAGUUAAUGAGCAAGAAGGCCAAAAAUUAUCAAAUCGCUAUGAGGGUUCUAAUUUAGCUCGGUCUCAAAGUGACGUUUCUGGAAUCAGCAAAACUGGCAAAUCUUGGGGAAUUCUGAAAAACCGUGACCAAUCUCUAGAAAGGAUUGAAGAAGAAGGCAAAAGUUCUCCAGACACUUUUAAUAAAACCAAAGGAAGCACCGAAAACAGUCCUUCUAUGAGCAGAUUUAAAUUGCAUGACAGUCCAUUUUCAAGCAUUGACCUUUCAAUUCCCAAAAAGAAAGUUACAACCGACAGAGAAGCUUUAUAUGAGAGCAUUUCUCAGCUUGACUACGGCCGAGAUAUUUUUAAGCCCAUCACCAGAUCUGAGCUUAUAAAAUCAGGAAAAACUGAAUAUACUCCUUAUUUAGACUCCGAUGGGUCUGUUUUCGAUCCUAAUGAAAGAUUUGGUAAAGAUGUCCCAAUCGAGCCAGAAAAGCCAUUAAUUGACCCACGAUAUGUAGAAGGGCUCGCUAAAAGUGCCCCACAGCCUGACGAAAACUGAUUUAUUACUUCUCAUCACCUUAGAUCUGUCACAAAUCACCCGCUUUCCAUUAAUGAUGAUCCAGAUUACUAUAAAUAUCAAUUAGAAAAUCAAUACAUAAAAUCAUCCUCUACAAAUUAUAAUGGAGACCUAAGGGAAAACGCAAUAGGACAACUAGAACAAACUUUAGCUGAUCUUAAAUGUGAGUUAAAUGAAAGAAAGCGCCGGGCAUAUGUAGACUCAAUUAAAUUGGAGGAAAAACCAUUAGGCUGGGUCGCAAAAGCAGCUGAAAAUGUCUCGUAUGGCUUCACAAAUAUCGAAAAAGACGCUCUUGUAUACAAUACUUAUGAGUCUAUUCUGAGAGAGCUUCGACAAAGGGAGAAAGACCUGCUUAACGUCCGGAGAGCUGAAGCUUAUGACAUUCAUCGACCUCCUCAAGAGAAAUGGUAUGAAAUAAAAUCUGCGGAGUUCGCAUCUGAGAUGCAUAGGCACCGAAUGUCACUUAAGCCAAACGAUGAAAAUCGUAAGUUCUUAAAUACAUUGAUAAUACCAGACCUUUAUAGGCUAAGUAGCUUUAUUGAGUGUCUGGAUCUUUAUUUUAAAUCAAUUUUUGAAUUAUUUUAAUAAAUAAAAAAGAAUUAAAAAAGCGGGCUUAUAUUAUAAUUUUUUAAAAAAUUAUCAUUUUACCUGAAAUUAUAAAACAAUAAAUCUCAAAAAGGGCCGAUUUACUAUAUUAA